UGCAGUAGUUUCACCAUUUAGUAAGCUUUUUAUCGAUUAAAGAUGCUUCAACAUUCUUCUGAGCAAGUGGAGAUGGUGGUGGAUAUCUAUGAGACUGCAGACACUGUUAGAGGUCAUGACAUCGACACAGAGAAGGAGGAUGAUAAUGCAGAGAAAAGCCUAGAAGAACAACACACAGGAGACACUGCAUGCAGCAGGUGUUGCAGACUGACUGCAGUGUGCGUGGCGCUGCUGCUGUGUGUUCUCCUGCUGGCUGCCAUCACAGUGCUGUGGAUCAAAUUCUACAUCCUGAAUACAGAAAACAACCAGCUCCAGACCAGUUACAACAACCUGACUAAAGAGAGAGACCAGUUACAGUCCAGUUACAACAACCUGACUAAAGAGAGAGACCAGUUACAGUCCAGUUACAACAACCUGACUAAAGAGAGAGAGCAGAUACAGUCCAGCUACAACACCCUGUGUAUAGAGAGAGUCCAGUUACAGUCAGGUUGCAACAACCUGACUAAAGACAGAGACCAGUUACAAUCCAGUUACAACAACCUAACUAAAGAGAGAGACCAGUUACAGUCCAGUUACAACAACCUGGCUAAAGAGAGAAACCAGUUACAAACUACUUACAGCACCCUGUCUAAAGAGAGAGACCAGUUACAGACUAUUUACAACAACCUGACCAAAGACAGAGACCAGUUACAGUCCAGUUACAACAACCUGACUAAAGAGAGAGACCAGAUACAGUCCAGCUAUGUCCAUUUAAUGCAAAGGGAGGAGAAGUACAUUAUGUGUUUUUAUCUCUGUAAAUUUCCUCCAAUGAUCUCUGUAGGGAAAUGGAGGUGUUUCAGUUUUAACUCCAGUUUUUAUGUCAUAUCUAACGAGAUCAAGAGCUGGGUGAAUAGCAAAAACCACUGCAGGGACAAAGGAGCAGACCUGCUUAUUAUAAACAGCAAAGAGGAACAGGAGUUCAUUGGUAAACAGCUGGGCAAUCUUGACACUUGGAUUGGUCUGAGUGACAGAGAAAAAGAGGGAGAGUGGAAAUGGGUGGACAGUACACCACUGACCACUGCGUAA